GCAACAGUGCGGGUUGAAUUUAAACCGGAUUUAAAACGCCGUUGUUAAGAGAGUUUAGAGAGAGCGGAGCAGACUAAAUAAGAGAUAAGAGAAGAAAGCCUGGUGAUCGUCAUGGAGCCAAAGCCCAAAGGAGCUGGUAAACCCAGACAAAAGAAGCAGAACCAGAGCAGGAACCCAAAAGAUCAGAAUAAUCCACAUCCGCACCAGAACAAAUGUAAACCCAACGCCAAACCGGAGGAUGAAGCCGAGAACUCACCUGCGGGCAGGUGUGCCGGUGACCGGAGGCGGGACCAGAGCGGCUCGGAGUCGCCUCACGUCAGUACGGCUGGAGUGGGCAGUAAUCGUGAGGACGGCGCCGGUCCGCCGGACCGUCAGAGCAGCGAGAGGAAGAACAGCGCCGCAGCCAAACAACAGAACAAAGAGCCCAGUGUUCUCCGGGCCGGCGGUACCGAGUCCGAGUCCAGCACCGCCACCAGACCCGCCUCCUCCAAACAGCGCAACCAGCAGAGGAAACAGAACAACACCAAACGCGGGAAACCGACCCGACCUGCCGACAGCGACUCCUGCAGCCUGAACGAGGGAGAGGAGCAGGAGAAGAGCAAGAAGAAGAAAAAGAAGAAGAAGAAGAAAUCCAAACCUGCUGCUGAGGAGGAGAAGCUGGACGGGUCCGGAGUAUCUGCAGCUGAGAAGAUGCAGAGCCCCCAGAAAAGAACCAGAACCCAACAAACCCAAGCUCCUAAUACGGGUUCUCCAGGCAAUAAGAACCAAAGGAAAGGAGGGGGGUGGAGACGAGUGUUUGAGGACUACAUGAACCUCAGAGAUGUUUCUGCUGGACUAAAGAGAGGAGAACUCAUCCAGGGCCCACUGAGAAUUAACCCGAAAAAAUAUCAGGAGGCCUUCAUUCCAUCUCCGGAUGGAUCGGCGGAUAUUUUCCUGGAUGGUAUCGUGGCUCGUAACCGAGCUCUGAACGGAGACGUGGUGGUGGUGAAGCUCCUCCCUCCUGAAUUCUGGAAGGUGGGGAAUGGAGAAGAUCGAGAGCAGACUCCUGCAGGAAGAGCUCCAGCAGGUCCUGGAGGUUCUGGAAACCCCUGCAGUCCAGACGUGAUGGUAGAGGCUCACUACAGCGGAGACGAGACCGGGGAACUGAUCAGAAAAGUGCAGUCGGUCAGUCUACAGGACAAAGCUCCAGCAUCAUCUGCAGACAAAAGUGUCCAGAAAACUGCAACGGUGGUUUAUAUCGUGGAGGAGAAGCACUCUAGAGCAGCGUCAGGGUUUAUAAAGUUUCUCCCGGAUAAACACUUCGCCAUGUUCUCUCCCGUCGACCACCGCGUUCCCCGAGUCAACGUCCCGCUGACGGACUGUCCCGCAGACUUCCCCUCCCGCCCUGCCGACUACGCCAACACCCUGUUCAUCUGCAGGAUCACGCACUGGCCUUACGAUAACACCUUCGCCGAGGGGCGACUGAUGAAGUCUCUGGGUCAGGCGGGUGAAAUUGAGCCGGAAACAGAAGCAAUUCUGACUGAAUAUGAUGUAGAUUUCUCCGAGUUUGAAGAAGCAGCCUUGGCCUGCCUCCCCCAGAACCUUCCGUGGUCCAUCCCGCCUGAGGAACUCGCCAAAAGAAGAGAUCUGAGGAAGGAGUGUAUAUUUACGAUUGAUCCGGCUACUGCUCGAGACCUGGACGAUGCUCUGUCCUGCAGGCAGCUCUCUGACGGUAAUUUCGAGGUUGGCGUGCACAUUGCUGAUGUGAGUUAUUUUGUGGAGGAGGGCACUGCGCUGGAUUCUGUCGCCAGCAGAAGAGCUACCAGCGUUUAUCUGGUUCAGAAGGUAAUCCCGAUGUUGCCGCGGUUGCUGUGUGAGGAACUCUGCAGUUUAAAUCCUCAGACUGAUCGUUUAACUUUCUCCGUCAUCUGGACUCUUUCUCCCGAGGGGAAGAUUCUGAGCGAGUGGUUCGGGCGCUCGGUGAUUCGCUCGUGUAUUAAGCUGAGUUAUGAUCACGCUCAGAGUAUGAUCCAAUCUCCUGAUAAACACUUCAGCUCUGAGGAGCUCCCGCCCUGCUCCCCCGAUCACCCCGUCCAGCUCAUCCAGGAGUCCGUCCUGCACCUGCACAGCCUCGCCCAACACCUGCGCAGCCAGCGCUUCCAGGGCGGAGCCCUGCGCCUCGACCAGAUGAAGCUAGCGUUCAGCCUGGACUCAGACUCCGGUAUGCCUCAGGGCUGCUAUGUUUAUCAGUACAGAGACAGCAACAAGUUGGUGGAGGAGUUCAUGCUGUUAGCGAACAUGGCGGUGGCUCAUCAUAUCUACAGUAAGUUUCCGGCUCUGGCUCUGCUGAGGCGUCACCCUCCUCCUCAGAGCCGCAUGGUGGAGGUUCUGCAGGAGCUCUGUGAUCAGAUGGGCCUGAACAUCCACCUGGAGUCUGCUGGAGCCCUGCACAGGAGUCUGAAUGAGACGGUGGGGAAUGACCGGUACAGUCUGGCCCGGAAGGAGGUUCUGACUCACCUGUGCUCCAGACCCAUGCAGAUGGCGGUGUAUUUCUGUGCGGGGGUGCUGCAGGAUGAGAAGCUGUUUCGUCAUUACGCUCUGAACGUCCCGCUCUACACCCACUUCACCUCCCCCAUCCGCCGCUACCCCGACAUCCUCGUCCACCGCCUGCUGGCAGCCUCCCUCAAGUGUGGACCCCGCUUGUCUCUGUCGGAUGAGGAGGUGCAUAAGCUGGCGUCUCACUGUAACGAUAAGAAGACGGCGUCUAAACGAGUGCAGGAGAUGAGCGCCGAGCUGUUCUUCAGCGUCUUCGUCAGGGAGUGUGGUCCUCUGGACUCGGAGGCGAUGGUGAUGGGGAUGCUGGAUAAGUCGUUUGAUGUGUUGGUGCUUCAGUAUGGAGUUCAGAAGAGAAUCUACUGUAACGCUAUAGACGGCCUGCAGUCCUUUAAUUUCCGUAAGGUGGGUAAACGACCUGAGAUGACCUUGACCUGGACCAACCCAGGACAGGACGCCAUCACACAGGAGAUCUCCCUGUUCUCUCUUCUCCACGUCCAGCUGAGGAGCGACGGAGUUCCUCUCAAAUACAGCGCCGUACUGAAGAGACCAGACCAGCCCUAACACACACACACACACACUAUACACACACACACCAUACACACACACUAUACACACACACUAUACACACAAACUAUACACACACACUAUACACACACACUAUACACACACACACACUAUACACACACACUAUACACACACACACUAUACACACACACACUAACACACACACACACAUUAUACACACUAUACACACAGUCAUGCUCGGUGUAGUAGUGAUGUAGGUGAAGCCCUAGCUGUGUGAUGAUUAGCUGUAGCUCAGGUUUGGUGAUGAAUUUUUAAUUGAAUGUGUUUUAGAGGUUUUUAUGGUUAGGUGUGUACGCGCCGGUUCUGAGGACAGGUGGCGCUGUUGCUGCUGCUGCUGCUACAGCCGUUUCUCUGCUCUGCAGGACUGAUUAUUCAUUUUUUAACAGCUUAGCAUUAGCUAACGCUAAUACAGCACAGCAACUCCUCCUCCUCCUCUCUCUCUUCCUUCACUUUCUUUAUCUCUUUAUCUCUUCAUCUCUUUCUUUUAUGAAGCCAAAAAAAGACGACAGUGUGAAAAAAAAAAACGUCACUUUAGGAGGGAAGCCCCGCCCCCCCCCGGCUUUACUUUUUGCUGAAACACUGAGAGAACCAGGCUCCGCCCACAAAUGCUGCUACCUUGGAGACGGUGUACAGAACACUGAAUACAGAAGUCCAUUAAACUCGUUAACUAACGAUCCGCUCUUAUAAACUACUGAAUCGUUUAUAACAGCGCAAAUGAUUCGAUUCCUAAUACAAAUGAUUCAGUCUCUGAUACAGUUCAUAAUUUGGGUAGGGCGAUUGAAUCAUCUGUUUUAGAUACUGAUUCAUAUUAAAUACUAAAUAAUUCUUAUUAGCAACCAAAUUAUGCAAAUUAAAAAAAAAACUGUUCAUAUAAACUACUGAAUCGUUUAUAACAGCCCAAAUGAUUCGAUUCCUAAUACAAAUGAUUCAGUCUCUGAUACAGUUCAUAAUUUGGGUAGGGCGAUUGAAUCAUCUGUUUUAGAUACUGAUUCAUAUUAAAUACUAAAUAAUCUUUAUUAGCUACAUAUUAGUUACUAAAUUGUUCAUAAAAACUACUGAAUCAUUCUAGUUCAAUCCCAAAACAUUAGAAAUUAUAAAAACAAACCAGUUGUAUAAAGCCACCAAAUGAUUCAUGCUAUAUAUUAAAUCAUUUAUAUUAUGAUAUAAUAUAUAACUUACUGAUACUGAGUUUAAAACUAUUGUAGGAGAUACUGAGAUAAUGAAUCAUUUCUAAUCAAUUAUUCUAAUAAACAGAAUCAUUCAUUUUGGCAGAUAUUGAACCAUUAAUGUAAAAACUGAAUCAUUCGUAACGUAUGUUGAGGAACUGAAUCAUUAAUAUUGGCGCAGAAUCAUUCAAAGUAAUACAGAGAUACUGAAUCAUUAAUGACAGUACUGAAUCAUUUGUGGUUCAUUCGUAACGUGUGUGGACAAACUGAAUCAUUAAUAUUGGUGCAGAAUCACUCGUAUUUACUACAAAUGAUUCUGCACCAAUAUUAUUGAUUCAGUUUCUCCACAUGUUUUGAAUGAAUCAGAUUCCAAGUGUCUACCAUUAAUGUAAAUACUGAAUCAUUCGUAACCUAUGUUGAGGUCCUGAAACAUUUAUAUUGGCACAAAAUCAUUCGUAGUAAAUACGGAGAUCCUGAAUCAUAAAUAUCAGUACUGAAUCAUUUGUGGUAGAGACUGAGAAACAGAUUCACUCAUUACAUGUUGAGAAACUGAAUCAUUAAUAUAGGCAAGGAAUCAUUCGUAGUAUAUAUGGAGAUAUUGAAUCAUUUAAUGUCAGUACUGAAUCAUUAACGUUGGCGCAGAAUCAUUCGUAGUAAAAACUGAGAUACUGAAUCAUUAAUAUCAGUACAGAAUAAUUCGUAGUAAAUCAGGAGAUACUGAAUCAUUAAUGUCAGAACUGAAUCAUUUGUGGUAGAUACUCAGAUACUGAAUCAUUCGUAACAUAUGUUGAGAAACUGAAUCAUUAAAAUUGGUGCAGAAUGAUUCAUACUGAUUCAGUGAAUCGUUUGUUAUAAAUGCUGAAUUACUAAAUGAAUCAUUAAUAUUAUCAGUUAUAUAAUCUGAACUGUGAUUCGGAUCAGUGUUCUGUACUGAUUUACAGCUGUAGGUGUAGAAUGGGUUUUGUGGGCGGAGCCUGGAUAGGCCCCUCCCCCGAGCUUUAGGAAGCUCCAGUGCGGUGGCACACCGGACUGGCUUUUCAUCAACUUCAGAAGUUGAUUGGUUCUCCCAAUGGGAGCGCUGGUUUACCGCGGACGCGGCCGCGUGGUUUACACUCGAGUUUUAUUAUUUUAUAUUACUUUUAAUUUCCUAGACGUUUAGAUUUUAUUGCUUUUAUUUUAUGGAUUUGGUUCUUUUAUUAUUUGUUUAGUUGUUUUAGUGCCUUUUAUUGUUAUAAUUAUAGUUAUUUUCUGUUUUAAUUAGCUGUAAUAAGUGCUUUAAUGAAGAUUAAUGUCAGUUUAUCAGUAUAAACAUCAGUGAUGAAGUGCCAGACUGAUGGCUGGCUUAUCCAGGCCUUUCCUAUAAUGUACAUCAUCCAUAUAUAAUAUUAAUGCUUACCUUUCUGUGAUGAAGAGUGCACUUUAAUCAGAGUGCGAUAAGAAUAAAAAUAAAAAAAAAACAAUUAAAAACACUGUUUACUUUAAAGAAACACCAAUAUAUUUCAAUAUCACGUAAUAAAUCACACUGUUUACCAACAGAUUCCAGAUCACACACAGCAUAAUCAAAAAUACACAUUAUAUACUAUACUAUAUCCUCUACUGUUUCUCACAUCUGUUCAUUUUAAACCCCAAUUACUGUUAAUUUACUCCAUUUACAGCAUAUAAAAAUAAAACAUAAAAUGUGGCGUGUGCAAAAAAAUCAAUACAUUUGUUUUAUGUUUAAUUGGAUUUUUUUACUCAGUUUAAUUCAGUAAAUAAACAGAAAUUGUGUUUAAAUGUGUCGAGGAUUCAACUCAAUCACUUAUUUACCUAUUUACACUGAUAAGACUAUAUAAUUUGUGCUUCACAUGAAGUUUCGGUUUCAUCUUUUUUUUCAGCAUCAUAGAAACUAUCCGUUUUUAAUUUUUUUUUUUUUUUUAAGAUUUUAUUUACAUUAAGGCCAAAAAAAAAAAAUAAUCAGAUUCGUGUCACUUAAGCCUGGGAACAGAGCCUAAAAGUCCUUUCAGCAGGAGAGCGCACACUUCUGGACAAGCUGCUGUCUGUCAGAUCUUUUGUGUAGUUUUGUUGUUGUUGUGUGUUUUUUUUUUAAUGGUGAGAAAUACCUGCUUAUUAGUUUAUUUAAUUUAAUUCAUUUAUAUAAUUAACCCUUUGUUUUGCAUGGUUUAGAUGGUCUGUUUUCCUGAUGUUUUAUAUUAGUUUUAGGAUUAUUGUGAUUUUUAUCAGUACAGUUAUCAUCUUAUUAGCAUCAUUUUAAGGGUGUUUGCUUAAAAUGGGCCUUAUUUUUUUAAGUGUCAUUUUUAUUGAUAUUAAUAAGUGCACAUUAAUAUUAUUUCCCACCACUAAAUUACUUUUUAUUUAUUUUUUUUAAACAUUAGUUAAUUUUGCGUUUGAUUUUAAGCAUGUGUUUUAUUGUAUUUUUGAGAAUGCUGUGUGUAUUUGAACACUUAUGGAAACAUGAGAAGCUGCUCUGCUGGUGAAAUAUUAAAAUAUUCAGUGUUUUUUUUAUGAAAUUAGAGUUAUUCAGGGAUUUGGACGUUCUGUUGGUGUGAGAAAAUCAGGUAAUGUGAGAUUUUCUAAUUAAAUUGGCUCAAUAAAAUUAAUUUAAAGUGUUUAAGGUGUUUCUGUGCAAUAUCAUUUUUAUUUAUUUAUUUUUUUGCUGCUUCCUGUAAUACCUGCUGUAAUGUGGAAUGUGUGUGUGUAUAGUUGAGUGUGUGUGAUAUGCUAAUGUUGUGUUGUGCACAUAAACAAACUGGUGGAAAAUAACUAAACCAGUUAAUCCACCCAGAUUAGCCUCAUUAGCAUGUUUACUUUAUAACUGGACAACUAUUAAAACCCAUCAGAACCAGAA